CAUCAACAAAUUCAUACCUGCAAAAAAGAAAAAGAAAUCCCAUUAAUUUCUACAGAUAUAGAUCUGUAUUUCCCCAUUUCCAAUUCUCUUAUAAACCCUAACCCGAAUCCGAUUUUGUGCUAAGAGAUGGCAACUGAAGAACCACUUGUGGUUACCGAGGUUGUACCUGAACCGGUGGUGGUGGAAGCUGAGCCGGCCAAGGAAGAGAACACUCCGGCUGCGGAGCCCGAUGAACCAAAGAAAGAGAAGGAGAUUGAGGCUAAAAAACCAGCUGCUCCGAGGAAGAGAAAUCCUCCUACUCAUCCUUCGUACUUUGAGAUGAUUAAGGAUGCGAUUGUAACACUGAAGGAUAAAACUGGAUCGAGCCAGCACGCGGUCACAAAGUUCAUCGAAGAUAAGCAGAAGAAUCUUCCAUCAAAUUUCAGGAAACUGUUGCUUGUUCAAUUGAAAAAGCUUGUGGCUUCUGGUAAGCUUGUUAAGGUUAAGAGUUCGUACAAACUUCCAGCUGCACGAUCUGCAUCUCCAAAGGCUGCCGCUACUGCGCCGGCGAAGAAGAAGCCGGCAGCUAAGCCGAAAGCAACAAAGGCAAAACCGAAGCCAAAACCUAAGACUGUUGCCCCAAAGGCAAAAACUGCUACUAAACCAAAGUCAAAGCCAAAGGCGAAGGCGAAGGCGAAGCUUGUUGCUAAAGCUAAGCCUGCUGUGAAGCCUAAGGCGGCAGCUGUAGCGAAGCCGAAAGCUGUUGAAAAGCCUAAAACUCCUGUUAAAACUAAGGCAUCGGCUAAGCCAAAGGCGAAAGAGAAGCCAGCUAAGGUAGCCAGGACUGCUACAAGGAGUACUCCGUCAAGGAAAGCUGCGCCGAAGCCGGUGGCGAAAAAGGCUCCGGUGAAGAAGGCGGCACCUGCUGCUAAGAGUGUUAAAGCUAAGACGGCAAAGUCGCCGGCGAAGAGGGCAUCUGCUAGAAAGGGGAGGAAGUAAUAGAUAGGGGUAGGAUUGUAAAUUACUGGAUCUUUGUGGGUGGUUUGUAUUUGCGCCCGAUAUAAAGAAUCGUAUUUUAACUUUCAGUUGUAUUUUCUAUUUUUAAUUUUGAUCUUAUAAUAAUCCUUUUAAUAUCUGAAUUUAUGCUGUUCAGUACACUUUAUUA